GUGAAAAGAAGGAUAAAAGAGGAAUUGCCGUCUACCGAACAGGAUAUUCGUUUUGUGGAAAGAUAUUUAAGGAAACUGAGGCAUAAUGGACACAUCUACGGGCAACAGCGACCAUCUGAGCAAACGAUGGACUCACCUGCGUAAGAUCCUGGAACGGUCGGGACCGUUUUGCCACCCGAACUUUGCGGCCUCGUCGGAGACGCUCGAGUUUCUGCUCAACACCUGCAAGAUUUUGGUGAUUGGGGCCGGUGGACUGGGAUGUGAGCUGUUGAAGGAUCUGGCGCUGAUGGGAUUCCGGGACAUUCACGUCAUUGACAUGGACACGAUUGAGCUUUCCAAUCUGAACCGCCAGUUUCUCUUCCGUCGCACAGAUAUCGGCAAACCGAAGGCAAAGUGUGCGGCGGAAUUUAUCAACGCGCGUAUACCGGGCGGUGUGGUCACGCCGCACUUUUGCAAAAUUCAAGACUUUGACUCCUCGUUCUAUCGCCAGUUCCACAUCAUCGUGAGUGGGCUGGAUUCCAUCGUGGCCCGGCGUUGGAUCAACGGUAUGCUUAUCUCGAUGCUCGAGUACAAGGAUGACGGAACGGUAGAGGAGUCCUCCAUCAUUCCGCUAAUCGAUGGUGGAACCGAGGGAUUCAAGGGCAAUGCCCGUGUGAUACUGCCCGGCAUGACGGCUUGCAUCGAUUGUACGCUGGAUCUGUUCCCGCCGCAGGUCAGCUAUCCGCUGUGUACCAUCGCCAACACACCGAGACUGCCGGAGCACUGCAUCGAGUAUGUGAAGAUUAUUCAGUGGCCCAAGGAGAUGCCAUUCGGUGCCGAUGUCGCUCUGGACGGUGACGACCCCCAGCACGUUACCUGGGUGUAUGAGAAGGCGCAGGAGCGGGCCAGUAGUUUCAAUAUUACCGGCCUUUCCUAUCGUUUGGUGCAGGGCGUACUGAAGAACAUUAUCCCGGCCGUUGCUAGUACGAAUGCGGUUAUUGCGGCCAGUUGCGCAACGGAGGUGUUCAAGAUAGCUUCCAGCUGCUGUGAACCGCUCAACAACUACAUGGUUUUCAACGAUGUUGACGGGAUUUACACUUACACGUACGAAGCGGAAAAGCGGCCGGACUGUCUGGCUUGUAGCCAGGUACCGCGACCGGUCGAAAUCAUGGAUCCCAACGGGAUGACGCUGCAAGAUCUUAUUCAGCAUCUGUGCGAUAGUGCCGAGUUUCAGAUGAAAAGCCCUGGGCUGACGGCAGUCCUGGAGGGUAAAAAUAAAACGCUCUACAUGGCGACGGUGAAAAGCAUCCAGGAAGCGACUAAAGGCAAUCUUACGCUCUCGCUAACCGAGCUGGGCUUAACGGAUGGUCAGGAGAUAAUGGUGGCCGAUGUUACCACACCGAAUACGAUUCUCAUCAAAUUGAAAUUUGCAGCGAAUGAAAUUGAAAUGGCGUAGGAGGUGUAGCUUCUUCCCAUUGUGAUUGCAAGGAAA